AGCGCGGGCGCCGCCCCCGCGCCGGUGCCCGGCGGAGCGGAGCGGCGCGGCCGCGGCGUCUAUGGGGAAGGCGGCCGCGCUGUGCGGCAGCAGCACCCGCGGGCUGGUCUCGCUGCUCAGCGCCGUCCCCUGCUUGGCCUGCCAGGAGGCGCCGGGCGCCGCGCGCCGCGCCGAGCCGCCGGCCAUGAGCGCGGAGCCGGGGGGCGCGGGGGGCCGCGGCGGCGGGGGGCCGGCGGGGGCGCCGCCCGCCGCCCCGGGCUCCGACACCUACAAGGGCUGGCUCUUCAAGUGGACCAACUACCUGAAGGGCUACCAGCGCCGCUGGUUCGUGCUCAGCAACGGGCUCCUCAGCUACUACAGGACACAGGCUGAAAUGGCCCACACGUGUCGCGGAACCAUCAACCUGUCAACGGCUCAUAUCGAAACGGAGGACUCUUGUAACAUUGUGCUUUCCAAUGGGGGAAGGACAUACCACUUAAAGGCAAACUCGGAAGUGGAGAGGCAACGAUGGGUCACGGCCCUGGAGCUGGCCAAAGCCAAAGCUAUCCGCAUGAGGAACAACCAGUCAGAGAGCAGAUGGCAGAGCUGCUCCCGGCAGCGCCAGGUGAUGCACGAAGCAGAGACAAGGGCUCGCCGUACAGAUGACUCGGGCGAUGAGGAGCCCGCCUCGCAGUCUGACAAGGGCGAGCUGCACGGCACGCUGAAAACCCUCUCGAGCAAGCUGGAGGACCUGAGCACUUGCAAUGACCUUAUAGCGAAGCACGGGGCGGCUCUGCAGCGCUCCCUGAGCGAGCUGGAGAACCUGAAGCUGCCCGCCGAGAGCGGCGAGAAGAUCAAGGCGGUGAACGAGCGAGCCACGCUCUUCCGGAUCACCUCCAAUGCUAUGAUCAAUGCUUGCCGUGAUUUCCUGGACUUAGCUGAAACUCACAGUCGAAAAUGGCAGCGGGUGCUCCAGUAUGAGCGAGAGCAGAGGAUCCGCCUGGAGGAGACCAUCGAGCAGCUAGCCAAGCAGCACAACAGCUUGGAGCGAGCCUGCCGAGGAGCCCCCGGCCUGUCCGCGGGCGGUGCGAGCAUCACCAACACUGCCAAAGGGAGUGUGCAGUCCGCAAAAGGGGAAGCUAGUGAUGAAGAUGAGGAGACGGAGUAUUUUGAUGCCAUGGAGGAUGCACCAGCUUUUAUCACUGUAACCGCAGACCCCAAGCACCACAGGCGUUCUGGAAGUAACCUGAGCGGGGCCAGCGAGGGUCACCCCGAGGACUGGAACCUGGAGGACAGUGUGUUUGACAGCUCCAACCAAACCAGCUACAAUGAAUCAACUUGCAAAGAUCUCCUACAGAAGAAAAGGAGAAGGACCCGCAUCCCCGACAAACCCAACUACAGCCUUAACCUCUGGAGCAUCAUGAAAAACUGCAUUGGCAAAGAGCUGUCCAAGAUCCCCAUGCCUGUAAACUUCAACGAGCCGCUCUCCAUGCUGCAGCGGCUCACGGAGGACCUGGAGUACCACGAGCUUCUGGACAAAGCUGUCAAGUGCGAGAGCUCCACGGAGCAGAUGUGCUUCGUUGCUGCGUUUUCAGUGUCUUCCUACUCAACAACUGUCCACCGCACAGCAAAGCCAUUCAACCCGCUGCUGGGGGAAACCUAUGAGCUUGACCGGCUGGAUGAAUUUGGCUUUCGGUCCCUGUGUGAGCAGGUAAGCCAUCAUCCCCCAGCAGCUGCCCAUCAUGUGUAUUCCAAGCGAGGCUGGACGUUGUGGCAAGAAAUCACGAUCGCCAGCAAAUUCAGGGGCAAAUACCUCUCCAUCAUGCCACUGGGCACCAUCCACCUCGAGUUCCACUCCAGCGGGAAUCACUACGUCUGGAGGAAGGUCACCUCCACCGUUCACAACAUCAUCGUGGGCAAGCUCUGGAUUGACCAGUCUGGUGAAAUAGAGAUUGUUAACCAUAAGUCAAAAGAUAAAUGCCAGCUGAAAUUUACCCCCUACAGCUACUUCUCCAGAGAUGUCCCCCGAAAGGUGACAGGGGUGGUGACUGAUGCUGAUGGUAAGGCCCACUACGUCAUGUCUGGCACGUGGGAUGAGAAGAUGGAGUGCUCCAAGAUAGUGCAGAGCAGCCACGGCAGCACCAGCUCAGAGGGCAAACAGAAAACUGUCUACCAGACGCUGUCUCCAAAGGUCCUGUGGAAGAAAUACCCCCUUCCGGAGAAUGCCGAGAACAUGUAUUUCUUCUCUGACCUGGCCCUCACCCUGAAUGAGCCCGAGGAGAGAGUGGCCCCCACGGACAGCCGGCUGAGACCUGACCAGCGGCUCAUGGAGAGCGGCCGGUGGGAUGAGGCCAAUGUGGAGAAACAGCGGCUUGAAGAGAAGCAGAGAGCCGUGCGCCGGAGGCGGGAGGCCGAGGCCGCGGAAGCCCUGGAGGAAGGCAAGGACUAUGAAGGCUACAUCCCACUGUGGUUUGAGCGGAAGGUGGAUCCCAUGACAGGGGAGCUGAUCUGUGUUUAUAAAGGUGGAUAUUGGGAGGCCAAGGACAAGCAGGACUGGAGUAUGUGCCCUGACAUCUUCUGAGCUGUUCCGCUCGCUCUGGGGUGGCCAGCCCCGGGCCUCUCUCUUCGCCGGGAUAGACAGAGGGACAGUGAGGACACGCUGGCAGCGUCCUGCUGUCAGGUAACAGUGCAAAGAAACACAUACACAGACUCAAUACAUGCAGAAAUUUAAAGAGAAAAUCUAAACAGGGAUUCCAAACCUAUUUUUUUAUGCACUAAUAAAUAGCAUCCUUUUUUUUUUUUUAAUGGUGGCUUUUUCAGCUACUAAUUAGGAAUGAAGACACAUUGAAUCUGGUUAAUUUUUAGCCUGACAUAUUUAUUGCUAUCAGGAGUUGCUGCCUAUAUCUUUCAGCGCCUCAGCUUUAUUGGUUGAGACGUCAACUUCCAAAGAUGCUCGCAUUGUGGGGAUGCUGUACAUUUGUGUGAGCUCUUCCUUUGACAUUUUUUUUUCCCCAUUUGUGUGUGGAAUUUACGGAUUUUUUUUUUUUUUUUUUUUAAAUCUGCUCCUGGUUCAGGUUUCUUUAAAGACACAAGCAACUCUCUGAGCCCUGCUCAGAAAACUUCCUCCAGGGACUGUGGCUGAGGUGCUUGAUCCUGGAUUGUCUCGGUGGCUCCUGCAGUGCCCUGUGAUCCCAGCAAUACCAAUCAGGACAUUUCAGCUGGUGACCUUUCUUUUUCUUUCUUUUUUUUUUUUUAGAAGAAGCACAUUAAGCAGUUUCCCAUCAGUCUGCAGUGUUUAGUCAAGGUUUGGGGCUGCCUUUAACAUGAUACUUUGUGAGGGUGAUUGGGGUUACGUUUGGUUUGUUUUUCCUGCAACUGCAUCCUAAGGAGAAACAGCUUCUUGCUGAGGUCAGGAAAGUCGGCUGUCUACCCAGGAGAUACCGAGCUUCUGUUGGCGAGGUCAGAGGAGGUGCUUGAGCACAGAGCAAAGAGCAGUUUGUAGACCAGCAUGUGCUCCAUGAUGCUGGAGCCAGCAUAUCAGCACUCUCCCCUCCAUAUCUCUGCGGUGGGACCCAGUGCUCCCAGGAGUCUGAAGCAUUGUGCAGGGGCUUUCCAGACAGUUUCCCUGUUGAGCUAUGCCUGACCCCAGGCAGGAGGGAAAGCCUGAGGGAGAGGCAAGAGGAGCAGGGAGAAGGUGGUGUGGUGCUGCUUGCUCGGACAGAGAGAUCUCCUGCAGAGCCAGUGUAGGGAGGACCAGCCUGUGGGACGGGGCAGCCUCCCUGCUAGCAGGUUCCUGCACACGCUGCUGGCACAGGUGUGGGUGCUGGUGGCUCUGUGGCAGGAAGCCUUUGUCCUGGAUCCGUACUCACAUCCCAAUGUCUUCUGCAGUAAGGAGGACAGUCCCCAAACGUGCCGGGUCACAGGCUUCAGGGCUGAGGGCCAGUUCCUGGAAGGCUUCUGCUGCCUUGUGCCAGGAAAGCCAGGCUCUGGGCCUCCUCUGGGUGUGUUAGUUCUCUUCCCUGGUGUAAGAUCUUUCCCAGGCUGAUUCUCCCAGGAAAUGCCAGGCUGAACUCAGCUCUGUAUCCAUCUGGAAGAACCACGGACUGUCCAGGAGCCCUCUCCUGCUUCUGUCCUUGCCUUCCCGUCAGUGCUGCUUGGCAGCAGCUUGAGAACAUGGACGAGGGAGCCCCACAUCUGCCAUUCACCCCUCGUGUGUGCUGUCACCUCACUGUGGCACUGGAUGCCCCAGGAGGAGCUGAACAAGCCCUGCAAGUGAUUGGUGAGGACCAGAAGUGAGUAAUGCUUGGACACAGGACAUUCAUGCAGGUACAGCUGGUCCCUCAAUGCAGAAAUGGAGGGAGGGGGGGUGGCAGGACUCAGAAGAUAACAGGCCCGGCGAGUACUGCUGGGUCAGAGAGAAUCAAGGAGACCUGGACACUUGUGUUUGCCUCACUGGAUUUCAUUUUUGAUGUCUUCUUCUCUGGGUCUACAUCGUAUCAUACUGACUGCUCCCUCCUGUGGGUCAGAGGCCACUUGAAGCUGGACUGUCACAUCCACAUUGGAAGAUAAUUAGCAAUAAUGAACUUAGAGGCAAUGGUAACUGGAAAACCCAGGCUGCACAUCGGACACUUAUGCAAUCAGGUUCCUAAACCAUCAGUCUCCUCCUGGUCACCUUCUCUUACAGCACCUCCAUACCUGUUAUUUACAGCAUACCUAUGUGUACAGUAUAUAUAGACCUUGUAUGAUGUAACAGUAGUGAGUGGCUAUUGGAGUGGCAACACCCACUGAUUUCAAUGUACCCUUUAAUCUUAUUUAUUUGCUUCUAAUUUAUAUAUAUAUAUAAAUACAUAUAAAAUUAUUUUGCUUAAAUUUGUAUGGUACAUAAUAGAUGAAAAAUAAUGAAGACAGAAGCAACUGUCUGAGUUUUUGUAGUAUGAGUACAAUAUAUUUCCUUAGACUCAUCCCGGAGGUAGGGAUGUAGGGGUAAUGGUGAUUGAGUAAUUGCUUAAAUAGAGAAGUAACAUUUUGCUCCAGAGCCAGAUGCAGUCAUAUUCAGAGGGUGUUCUCAUGAGAAAGAUCAUUCCCGUCUAGAAAGAGUGCAUUUGGGGUUUGAAGGACAGCUCUCAGUAUGCCCCGGAUUCAGGAGUUUGACCCUCAAAGCUGGGUCUCUGAAAUGCUGAGCUGGGUAUUACAGGCAGCCAGGCCUGGCACAGUCACCGUUUCCAGAGCUCCCCUCCUGAUGGUUUGCCUAUGGCUCAGUAAAGCCAGCGAAGCUCUUAAGUUUUCCAAAUUGCUGCAUUAAUGGCAUUCAGCUGGUUGGAUCCAGCCUGCUGAGAGAGCUGUGGCAUGUCCCAUCACCAGGGCAUUUAGAUCUUCUCCUUUGGAGACACCCAUUCACGUAACUGGGACAAUGGCAGAUGCUCUGCACUAAACUUUCCUUUAUGCUACUCUCCUAGUUUGGUUUAUAAUGACAAGAAAAGUCACACAUAGGGUUCUCCUCCAUGCCAGGCCUCAUUCAGUUUUAUAAAAUGGACUAAGAAUCUAGCUUUUCAAAAUGCCUUAUUUUCCUUGUUUAUUUUGUCAACACAAGCAUUAUCCAAGAGCUUGGAAAGGGGGGAAAUUCCUGCACUGGCUGUUCCUUAAACAGGAUACAUGUGUUCUUGCAGUUAAAGAAGGUGCAGAGUGAAAUGUUGCUCGUUAAGUGUUGGCACCUCGGUGCCCAGCCCUGCUGGACUCCGAGACACUGAGAAAUCCUUUCUGAUUUACCUCCAGUAGAUGCAUCCGUCUAGAAGUUGCCGUCACAGAUGCUGCACAGCUUAGCAGAGCCCAGGGGAGUGCUAGGAACACCCUCCCCCCCUCCCCCCCCGCGCCCCAAAAAAUCCCAUAUUUUUUAGAUUAAUUUUUAAAAAACUGUUGUAUCUUCCAGAGGUCAUCUAGUGACAGCACUUAAUCUGAGCACCGUCUCCUAGUCUUUCUAUUUUCCCUCCAGAGGAUUUUAAUGUCAUUCUACUGUAAAUGCUGUUGAAUGUAUUUCUUUUGAACAAUAUAUUGUGAGUGAUCCCUCUUCUCCGACACAGUAAUAAAACUUGGAUUCGGGAGUUUUAAAAUGUA